AUGGAUGCAAAGCCACAGCGCUUCCGAGCUGUAGGGGAUGAGAAUGUGCCCCCUCCAUCCCUCCACAAUCAGAACCACAAGGUAAUCCAUCAACGGAACAAGUCGAGUCCUGCUCUGAGUAUGAUGGCUCAGAACAAUGCUAGCCGACGUGCAUUUGUUGAUGUCUCCAAUACCAAGGAUAUGCGCCGGGCGACCCGGGAUGACUCUGUCGUUGGUGGAAAGCCUGCAUUGGUUGAGGUUAAGGCUCCUGGCCUGUCCCAGCCAGCUCAGCGCCGCAUGACCUUGUCGGGAACCAGGGCCAUUGUUGAAAGCAUUGCCACAGCAAAGCCAAUGAAUCCCGCCGGCAAAGCGCAAUUGACACAUAAGUCUAAGCGAACCAACCCCGUAUUCAAAGAUCAACUGCAUACCGUCCCCGAAAAAGACGCAUCCAAGGAAACAAACACAGAAACGGAAGUCAAGGCUAGCUACAAGGGAAUGGAGAAAGGGCGUCACUCGAAUGCUACAGUGGCGGAGCCUUCAAAUGAGUUGAAGGUGGAUAGUGCGCGCCUCGUCGAGUCUGAUGCCACUGUAUCCGAAACUGAGGAUCUUAAAGAGCACGUACAUGUCAAGGAACCUGUGUCGGCGGUAUCAGAGCCCGAGGAAUGGGAUGGGGAUGAUACCGAGUAUCAUGUUGCGCCUACCUACUCCUCUUACGGGGACAACACUGAUGGAACCACGGCCGUCAUUUAUCCAUCCAUGAACAAUAUAACCUUUCGUGAGAUGUUCCGGGCGAAAGAAAUUGUCGAAAGCGAGCAAACACCCGAAGACAUUGAGGAGGAACUGUUAGAUACAACCAUGGUUGCGGAGUAUAACGACGAGAUUUUCCUUCAUCUAAGGCAGAAAGAGAUCGAUAUGCUCCCGGCCCACGAUUACAUGUCCCGUCAGUCCGAGCUUCAGUGGUCGAUGCGCUCGGUUCUGAUGGACUGGCUCGUUCAAGUUCACCAACGCUUCAACUUGCUCCCUGAAACUUUGUUCCUCACAGUCAAUUAUAUCGACCGUUUCUUGUCGUACAAGGUCGUUUCUAUGGGCAAGUUGCAGCUUGUUGGUGCGACAGCAAUCUUCAUUGCCGCAAAGUACGAGGAGAUUACAGCUCCGUCUGUGCAAGAGAUCGUUUACAUGGUUGACAGUGGAUAUUCCGUCGAAGAGAUCUUGAAGGCAGAACGAUUCAUGCUCAGUAUUCUCGACUUCGAUCUUGGAUGGCCAGGCCCUAUGAGCUUCCUUCGCCGCACUAGCAAGGCCGAUGAAUAUGACCUGGAAACUCGUACUGUAGCCAAGUACUUCAUUGAGCUGGCUAUUAUGGACGAGCGAUUUGUCUGCACUCCUCCCAGCUUUAUUGCUGCCGGAGCCCACUGCCUGUCUCGUAUGCUGCUUAACAAGGGCAACUGGACACCAGCACAUGCCUUUUACAGUGGUUACCUCUAUUCCCAGUUGAUUCCGGUCAUAGCCACGUUGAUGGAAUGCUGCGAAAACCCUCGCCGUCAUCACGCCGCCAUAUUUGAAAAAUAUUCGGAUCGUCGUUACAAGCGUGCCGCGAUGUUUGUUGAAGCUGAGCUUGCCACCGACUUUGCUUUGCCUGAGCCUUCUGAUCUCAAUGACCCAGAUCGGUUGGAUGGCUAUGCAAACUACUAA